AAUUAACUUUUAUUUGAGUCCAUUUUCAUCAUCAUCAUCAUCAUCAGAAACUCUUCAUCUUCCUUUAGUGUGCUCUGAGCUGAUGAGUGCAGUGUGUUAAUGAUUAGAAAGUCACUCUUUGUCCUCGUAAUCCAACAGGUCCUCACAGUGCAGACGUGAAACCUGUCGAGCCCUUGGUGUUGUUCCGUGUCCGGCCUGUAGGGGGUCAUGGUGGCUCUGAGGUCAGAAGUCUGUUUAAAGUUAACCAUGUGAUGAAUCUUAAUGUUCCUCCAGCUCACAUCGCAUUUAUUGUGAAGGAAAGCUGAUUAUCUUUAUUCACCACCGCCCCACACCCGUCCUCACCCCCAUCACCACACCCUCCAGGAUUUAGACAGAUUUACUUCACCUCUGGAAGAGUGGAGGAGGAGGAGGAGGAGUGGAGUCGGAGCCCACUCAGGAAAGAAGGGACCCUUUAUAUUAAUAACAGGAAGUCUGCUUAAUACACCCCUAUUAACACCAAAAUAAAACAGACAAAUAGAGGCAACAACCAGCAUCUGAGGCGUUGCAGAGUGACAUCACAGUGACAUCAUGGUGACAUGACCUGCCGUAGUUCAGGGUGUGACUUGUUUUUACCCCACCUGUCUGCCUCCACAGCUUUAUUAGAACAUCUGUCACUGAGAGGUGGUCAUGAUGGCGGGCCCGCCAUCAAGGCUUAUCCUACACCUCCCAUUAAUGCUGCAGUGGAAUGGUGCUGGUGUAAAAGUCCCCUGGUGUUUCCAUGUUUCAAGUGUUGAACUAUGAGGACGUGGUGGAGACGGGUUCAGAGACCGACGAGGACGACAGGAAUCGGGUCUCUGAGGAGUCGGGUCUUGCUAACGGAGAAGGAGUACCAGACGAUGAAGAUCCAGGCAGCCCAGCCGGCAUGCCAGUUCUCGAGGCAUCGCCCCGGGUCACCCACGCUCUGCUGUCCUCAGAGGACGAUCUCCAGGACCAGAACCACCACUGGAGACUCGGAGACGACACCAACGGACACCUGAAUGGAGGCGGUGACAGGACGGAAGAGUUGGAACCAGUCAGUCCAGAGGAGUCGCUGCAGGCUGAGGGAAACGAUACAGUGAAAUGUUCCGGCGGCGUCUCCGAGCUCGAUGAGUACUUCCUGAAACGUAAGUUGGAAGAUGGCGACGGUCACCCGGCAACCAUCGCAGAAUACCUGCAGCGCAGUGACACCGCCAUCAUUUACCCAGAAGCCCCGGAGGAGGUGACGCGACUGGGCACACCUGAGACCGUCGGACAGGACGAGAGCGAGCACGACCUGCUGACCGGCACACCUGACGCCUUUGCCCAGAUGCUCACCUGUCCGUACUGCGAGCGCGGCUACAAGCGUCUGACAUCUCUGAAAGAACACAUCAAGUAUCGCCACGAGAAGAACGAGGAGAGCUUCACCUGCCCACUGUGCGCCGACACCUUCAGCCACCGCACGCAGCUGGAGCGUCACAUGACCACGCACAAGCCAACCAGAGAACAGACGCCGCUGCUCGCCGACGGAGCAGGAAACAGGAAGUUCAAAUGCAGUGAAUGUGGAAAAGCCUUCAAGUACAAACAUCACCUGAAGGAGCAUCUACGAAUUCACAGCGGUGAGAAGCCAUACGAGUGUUCCAACUGUAAGAAGCGGUUCUCCCACUCCGGUUCCUACAGUUCUCACAUCAGCAGUAAGAAAUGCAUCAGCCUGAUCACCGUCAACGGACGAGUACGCAAUGGAAGCAAGCCUGGCUCCUCCCCCAACUCUACAACCUCAUCACCUGGAAGCCCCGCACUUGCCCAGCUCCGCCACAAGCUGGAAAAUGGCCGACCGCAUGGCCCCCCGGACCAGCAGGUCCAGCUAGACAUCAAAGCCGAGCCCAUGGACUUCAAUGAGUACCGGCUGCUGAUGGCUUCGCAGCACGGGUUCAGGGUGCCGGGGGUCUACUUAAACGGGCGUGGAGGAAGCCCCCUGGGCAUCCACAGCUCCUCCCAGAGCCCCCACCAACAUCUUGGCGGGAUGGGGCUGGACCUGCCCCUGCUGGGCUACACGGGGCCUUUUGGGAACAACCUGAGCGAGGUGCAGAAGGUGCUUCAGAUCGUGGACAACACAGUGUGCCGGCAGAAGAUGGACGGAAACCCAGAAGAGAUCUCCAAGCUCAGGGCCUACAUGAAGGAGCUGGGAGCCCAGAUGGAGGAACACAAGCUGGCUCAGGCAGGCUUCCAGUUAGUGGGCCACAGCAGCCCCACAAAGAGCAUCAUUGACUACACGCUGGAGAAGGUCAAUGAGGCCAAAAGUCUUAUUGACGACUCCAAGAGGCAAGUGGACAUCAAGAAAGAGAAGCUGAACCACUCAACUGACCUCAGCUGUGACGAGAAAAUCCACGACUGCCAGAACCAGUACCUGACAUUCUCCUGCCAGUACUGCAAGGAAGCGUUCCCUGGGCCGAUCCCACUGCAUCAACACGAGCGCUACCUGUGCAAAAUGAACGAGGAGAUCAAAGCGGUCCUUCAGCCGGCUGAGACCAGCACUGCUGGCCACAGGGGAGUGGAGGUGUCCAACAAUGACCGGUCCACCAGCCCCAUCAACCCCUUCAAGGACCACGUAUCAAUGCUCAAGACCUACUUUGCCAUGAACACUGAGCCCAACUCAGAGGAAUUGCUUAAGAUCUCAGUGGCUGUUGGUCUUCCUCAGGAGUUUGUCAAGGAGUGGUUUGCCCAGUGGAAGAGCCAAAACCACCACGGAGGCAGUUUAAGGAAAAGGUCACCAUCUCCUGACUGCAGUGGACUGGACAUCAACCACAGCCGGUCACCGAUGUUGCUUCCUGCUGUUGAUCUACAUGGAGGCUUCAUGAAUGGAGAUGCCACGCACAGAUUCACAAAGGCCAACCAGUUUCCAGCCAACAGACAGCCCGGGGACAAACCACUAGACUCCUUGGAUCACUUGAGGUCCGAUACUCCGUCACCCCUCAACCUUUCAUCGACAUCCUCUAAAAACUCUCAAAGUAGCUCAUACACUCCAAACAGCCUUGCGUCAGAGGACGCACACGGGGAUAUACCACUGGACCUGUCGCUGCCCAAACACAUGGCGCUGAAACGAUCCCGGCCCAACGGGUUCACCAUAGAGCGCAAUGGUGGGUCUCCAGGACAGGGCCAGGUGUGCGGACCCAUGGAUCUGGUCAAUAUCAAAAAGGAGAGUCUUGGCUCUGAUGGAGGAGGGAGCUCCAUCCACCAGCUGGAGAAAAGCACCAGUCCCAUCUUUGGGAUCAAUCCAUUCUCCGGCACGCCCAUCUACACCUCUUUACCGCCUCAUGGAGCAUUUCCUCCACCCACCUUCAUGUCUCCAGCCCAGGCCACUAUCCCAGGCCUCAGGCCUUACCCAAGCCUCGACCCCAUGAGCUUCCUGCCUCACAUGGCUUACACCUAUGCCACUGGGGCGGCCACGUUUGCUGAAAUGCAGCAGAGGAGGAAGUACCAACGGAAAUCAGGUUUCCAGGGCGAGCUGCUGGACGGGACGGCGGACUAUCUGUCGGGCCUGGACGACCUGACAGACGAUUCGCUGCUGUCCAGGAAGAAGAUUAAGAAGACUGAAAGUGGUAUGUACGCGUGUGAACUGUGCGACAAAACAUUCCAGAAGACCAGUUCCCUCCUAAGACACAAAUAUGAGCACACAGGUAAGCGUCCUCAUCAGUGUCAGAUCUGUAAGAAGGCAUUCAAACACAAGCAUCACCUGAUCGAACACUCGCGCCUUCACUCUGGAGAGAAGCCCUAUCAGUGCGACAAAUGUGGCAAACGCUUCUCGCACUCGGGCUCGUACUCGCAGCACAUGAACCACCGAUACUCGUACUGUAAGAGGGAGGCAGAGGAGCGCGAGGCGGCCGAGAGGGAGGCCCGGGACAAGGGAGGAGGAGGAGGAGGAGGAGGCAUGGGAGGCCUGGAGCCAACAGAGCUGCUCAUGAGGACGGCCUACCUGCAGGGCCUCGGGCCGCUCGGGUACUCGGACAUCGAGGACCAACAGGAGGGUACAGGGGACGGACAGGAAGUGGACGAAAAGAUGUAUGAGGAUGUGACGGACAAACGGGAGGCAAGUUUAAAGGAAGGAGAGGACGAAGAGGAGGAAGGAGGCGGGAACCAGAUGGACUUGACGAGGGAUGACCAGAAGGACACAAUGCCGCUGAGGGACGAGAGCUCACGAGAAGGGAAGACGGAGGGCAAGUCAGAUCAGGACGACUGAUCCAGAACACGAACUUUACAAAGCUUUGGACUUCAACAACAGACUUUUAUUUUGAAGGGACUGGAAGGAAAUGAUGAGGGGGUGCAGAGGAAAGACCUUUAAACUGAAGGAGUGUUUGACUGAGACCAGAACCGGAACCAGAACACGCUGGUUCUUAUGAUGAUGUCUUAUUGCAUCAGAACAGGAAGUUCAGGAGAGACGUUGUGACCUUUGAACCAAUCAGAUUCAUGUUCUUGACAUGUGCUAACGUGCUAGGUAACCUUCUUCCUCAUGCUAACGUUUGUUAGUGACACAGAUGCUCAGCAGCAGCAAAUCAUCAACUAACUAUAAACUGUGAUGGAGAUAUGGCAGCAAUAAUGACAGUAGUAAUAUGUGUAGUGGACGUCAUGCAGGACCACAGCAGCAGCCACGAUCCACGAGAACCUGCUGGACGACAGAGACAGAAACUCCAGGGAAGAAGCUUUCACUACUGAUCAGUGCUUCCAUCAUGAAGCCUGUUGGUCUCGCAGGCUGUGCUCCAACCCGGUCCAGCCGCUGAGCCUGGUUCUGUUAGCAGCAGUAAAUUAGCGGUUAGCUAAGUCAUGGAGCUUUUCUGAUAAUUUGAAGGUCACAACGUUUCACGUCUCGUUCCUCAUUAAGCUCGUUAAGUUAUUGAACUCUCUGCAGUCUGACUUGUUGGGUCCUUAAUGAUGCAACCUGAUGACGCCACCGUCCGUCAUGAAGCCAGUGGGAUUGUUUAGAAAUCCACAUUAUGCAAAAAUACAUAGAAAUGAAGAAAAUGAUGAUGUCAUGGUGAUGUCAUGAUGAUGUCAUGGUGAUGUCAUGAUGAUGAUGAAGAUGUACAGUAUUAUAAAGGAAGCUGUGGUGCUAUCAUGUUUUUAACUUCCUGUCUCAUCAUGUUCGAAUCCCCACAACAGGAAAUUGCACUCGACUCCCUGAAUCACUACAAAAUAACAGAUUUUUUUUUAAAAGAGGGAAAGGCUGGAACAGAUGGUGACUUCCUUAUAGUGACUUCCUGUGAGUCACUUCCUGUCAGUGACGUCCUGUCGGUGUGUCGAUGUUUGUCUCCUUUAAUGUUUUUUUCAUCCACUAACCAUGACGACCACACGUUGUCAUGACGACGACACAUCAGGCCUCUCU